AUGCAAACACGACAGACAAAACUUAAUGCGCAUGAGAACGAAAGAGAAUACGAAAUGCCAAGCGUCAGAUUUUCAAUAAUAUUUUUAAUGAGUUUUAUUGUAAUCGACAGCGACACUCACCAAUUGGAUGCCAUAAUCCAGCAUGAAAUUGAUGUUCCUCAAUUUAACACAGAAUAUCUCAAUUAG